GCCUACAAAGCGUCGAAAAUAAACAAAAGACCAAGAGGGGGAGAUUGGCUUGUGAGCCGCUAAAAACUUAGCAAAAUAAAGUACAAACAUAUCUUGUGCGUCUGCUGCGUCUCAUUAAUUAUUGGCAGAAAUCCCGUUAAUCAUGGAAAACGUAUUCUCGGUGCGCGUGAGUGUCUUUUCCGACCAGGGAGGAAGGAAAUAUAUGGAGGAUGUAACCGAGGUUAUAGUGGAGCCGGAGCCGGGUGAAGAUGAGCUUGAUUCGGCCGAGCAUGGCGAGGCGAAGCUGAACACUUGUGCAUCUGUCGAGUGCACGCCGGUAAACGUAAGAGAGCCGAGCUCUUCGAUCGGCACGUUUAACGAACCUCUGACCGGAUCUGCACCCACCAUUGAUGCAUGGACGCAAAGCAAGCAGGAUGAUACUGAAAGUUGUUCAGUUCCAGCAGCAACGGAACGGAACGGGGCGCCGGCUGGCGAUGCUCGCCCCCGCCGGUCGGUGGCUUUUUUCGCUGUGUUUGACGGCCACGGGGGACGGGAGGCAGCUCAGUUUGCACGGGAUCAUCUCUGGGAUUUUAUAAAGAAACAGCGGGGAUUUUGGUCGAAGGAUGACGAGGAAGUGUGCGCGGCGAUCCGCAAGGGUUUCAUCGCUUGCCACCAUGCCAUGUGGAAGAAGCUACCGGAAUGGCCAAAGACCCUCACAGGGCUGCCCAGCACCUCGGGCACCACGGCCAGCGUGGUGGUCAUCCGGGGCGACCGCAUGUACGUGGCCCACGUGGGCGACUCGGGCGUGGUGCUGGGGCUGCGCGAUCACCCCUCCGACCAAUUUGUCCGUGCCGUGGAGGUGACGCAGGACCACAAGCCGGAGCUGCCCAAGGAGAGGGAGCGAAUUGAGGGUCUGGGAGGCAGCGUGAUAAAGAAGUCUGGGGUGAAUCGUGUGGUGUGGAAAAGACCCAGGUUGAGUCACAACGGUCCAGUCCGGAGGAGCACGGUCAUCGAUCAGAUCCCUUUCCUUGCUGUGGCCAGAGCUCUGGGUGACCUGUGGAGCUACGACUUCUACAGUGGGGAGUUUGUAGUGUCACCGGAGCCUGACACCAGCGUGCUGACGCUGGACCCCCUGCGGCACCGAUACAUCAUCCUGGGGAGCGAUGGGCUAUGGAACAUGGUGCCGCCCCAGGACGCCGUGUCCAUGUGUCAGGACAAUGAUGAGGCCAUGGCACAGUGUGGGGUGUCAAGUGCUCAGCAGCUAGUGAGCCACGCCCUCCUGCGAUGGCGGCAGCGCAUGCUCCGCGCCGACAACACCAGCGCCAUUGUCAUCUCCCUGCAGGAGCCCGGGGGACCUCAGGGGCCGUUGCACCACGAGGAGGUCCUUCUCAACCUGGCAGAUGGCCCUCACUGCGCCCCCAUGUCUGGAUCGCGAUCCAACACCCCCCUCAUCAAGAUGCUGGACGUGGACGCCCCGUCGCCCGUGUGCGAGCUGCUCCCGGCCCUGGAACGCCGUAACGGCUUCUCCAGUUCGAAUCUGGCGGCCCUCGCUGACCCCCUGUCGGUGCGCCUGGCGGAGACGGUGCCGAGCAUCGCCACCGUCGGACGCGCCUCUCCCGGGUGGAAGCGGACCGCAGAGGAGGCGGCCAGCCCUGGCGGGAAGAGACCCCGCCGCAGCCUGGGCCGCUCUCCGCACUGCCCGCCGUCGCCGGCCACGCCGCGCCGUAGGGACCCGCAGCGGCCGUCGGUGAGGCGCGGCAAGGGGCAGAAGCAGUCGCCCAAUGUGCCAGCUCUGCUGCAGCAGCACCGCAAGGCUGCUGUGUGUGUGUGCUGAUCCCGCCCCCUGGCUCUUGGACACGCCCCCUGGUGAAAUGCUGUCCACUCAACUGCUCCCCACAACCCACCUCUGUCACUACUGAUCGCUGAGCCCCAGGACCUUUCCAUCAACACCUCCUUGCCGUACAUCAGGCGGGCUCACGUGUACAAUUUUUACAUCAUCUAUACAUGAACGGAUUCAUCCAGAUUCAUGCGUCCAUUUUUUUUUCUUUUUCUUUUCAUACAAAAAGUCCAGCUUUGUUCCUGUUGCUCGUUACCUGUAAAGGUGGAAAUUUAGUAUGGCUGGUGUAUCUUUUUGUCGUUGAUUUUUAUUAUUUUUUUCCCACUUCCCAAAGCACCGCACGUGGUCCAUUCACUCACUUGUAUAUAUUGUCAAGAUUAUAAUGGAUUUAUUCCAAGGUAACGGAGGUCUGUGUUAAGUAAAGCAAUAUAUUUUUAUACAUUGUCUUAUUUUCAAGUUUGAAAGGAUACAACACAGUCAGAUUUAGGGUAGCAUAGUGUCACACAGUGUCCUGAUGAUGUUAUUCACUAUGUUCUCAAUUACACCCUAAUUUGGGAUAAUUUAUGCAUUGUUGUUUUGAUGUGCAUGUCUAUGUAUAUUUUUUUUUAAUUUUUUAAAUUGUUCCUUUUUCCAUUAAGUGAGGAACUUUUAUCCAACAUUGAAGGUGCUGCUAUAGUUUAAUGGUGAGAAAUAUAAUAUUAUAUAUAAAAUAAUGUUUAAGGUUCAUGAAGUGUUGAUGUUGAGGGCAUGAUUCCUGACAUUAGCUGUUUGGGAACCACCUCUGUUUUGUUUUGACAUUUGUCGUAAAGUUGUGGUCUCAGAACUGUUGCAAGAAGGUUUCCUAGCAACGUUCAGACUUCUGAGUCAAUGGUUACGAGAAGGAAGCUGGAUGGACACUUGACCCCAUCACAAUAGCCUCCACCCAGAAGGACCCAUUCAAUGUGGGCCAGCUUAGAUGUAAUAAGCCAAGGAGGCCCCAGGUGGAGAUGCUUGGAAUGGUGGGGGUGGGGGGGGGGGCUGGAGGUCUUACAGCAGGACAGCCGGACCCCUCAGAUCCUCCACAUCGGGGCCUAAAUCGCAAGUCUUCCUGAGCUUCCUUUCCGGGGGAGCAGCUUUUUAUCGUCCAAGCACUCGUCAGAGACCGGGAGGCGACGGGAGAGGAUUCCGAUGCUCUCAUGUGACUUUUGUCCGUGGAGGGGGAGAAAAAGAAGACCAUCGAAGUUCUUAGCUAACCUUCUCAAUUUGAAGAAGCAGUCUUAUUUAAAACUUUCCUCUAGGUGGAUAGAAACUGGUGCUGAAGACGACAUCUAAGAUGAGAGAACAAAAUGAAACUUGUACUUUAAGGUUACGACACAUAACACUCCUGCUGUAUUCAGUGAAGGAGGGAGACCCUGUUCACUUUACACCGGCAUGGCUGCUUGGCUUAGCUAUGACUCCCCACUGUCAAACGGCACUGUACACAGGUAUAAACCCUGACUGGAUAUUUCUGUCUUUUUUUGGGAGGCGGGGGAAUGAUGGAAAUUUAAUCCUGCACACAGUCCCACGCUGUGUGGUGUGUGUAACCAUCUUCGGACCAUUUGUUGCUUUUGGAUUACACAGUUGUUCCCUGGUCUCGUUACUCUUGUCAACACUGCGUCAGAAAGAGUUUCCAGUUAUAGGCCAAAGUGCAAUUUUCGGCAUAAUUUUUUCAUGUUUUUUCACUUUUGACUUCUGGUGAUAAAUGUGGGACAUGUUAAGAAGCAUUGUGGGAUUCAUACUUCAGGGAUUCAGCAUGUAUGCUUUUUUUUGUUUUUAAUAGACUUUAUUGUCAGUUAAGUCUGAGUUGUAGGUCCACUUGGGAAUUAAUUUCCUGUCAGAUGUCCAGUGAUCUGUGACACCCCAGUCUGGUUUGCACAGCGUUAACUGUGCAUGUUAAACGUCAGUGCACGUGUACAGUCUCAUUGUGAAAUUUUAUCACUCAUUUUGAAUGUGUGGGAUAUCAGUAUAUUGAAUAAACAAAAUGUUUUUUGGUCUUA